AUGGCCGAUUAUGGCUUUCCAAACGAAGCACUGAGUGGCUUCGCAGCUGCUGUUGAUGGAGAAAAUAGUUCUUCACAACAGUAUGAAGAGUCUUCGCCCGGCUAUCAACAUGCUCCGUCGCCACAACGAUCCGCUACUGAUGGAUCGCCGCGACCUGAGGACUACGAAAGGGUGUUGUCACCUCGAGCAGAAAGUUCUGUUAGUACGCCUUCACAUGUAUCCGCUCCAUCAUCGCCGUUGUCUGCGCAUGCUGAUGACUCGGGCGAAGAAUUCAAUGCUGACAGUCCGAACGUCCCAGGUUCACCUGAAGCAAACAACUCCCGUGAUCAGCCAGAAAAUUAUAAUCCUACGUCACCACUUCAAGAUUUUCCUUCCUCAUCGAGAUCACCGCAACAAACUGAAGGAUCCGCCCCUCAGUCUCCUCGAUAUCGGGAAGAUGACGGCGACGAAAAGAGCGAUGUGGAGGCGGUGAAGACAGGUUCAGAUGACGACGAAGACGCUCGAAAAAAGAGAUCAGCCGCUGAAUCUGGGGGCGAAGAUGAUGAGGGCGAUGAAGAAAUGAGUCGAAAGCGACGACGUAUAGUAAAUUCAGAUGAUAGCGAUAAUGAGGAAUCUGGGUCAAAGAAAAACCUACUGGAUUCAGAUGAUUCGGAUGACGAAAUGGACGAAGAGCAGAGAAAAAAGAAGCUUGGCAAUUUGAUGGUAAACAUCUUUGGAGAAGACGUAGACGAAGAUGCUGACGCUUCAAGAGAUGCAGAUGGCGACCAAGAUGACGAAGAGGGGGAUCGAGAACGGGAACAAGCAGUUCAGGAUGAAGAAGGUUAUGAAGACGACUACGGAGACCGUAAUAAAGAAGACAGAGACAACGCGGGCUUCGAAUGGGACUUUGACGUAAUGCUUAGGGAAAAGAAAGCGGAAAGGAAGAAGAAAAGAAGAAAACGUGAUACGGGUAUUGAUAUUAUAAACGACGAUGAUGGUAUAAUUGCACAUAUGGUCUCUGCCAUGAAGAAUGCUGCUAAGGAUGAUCGUCAUUCGAAUACUGAAAGGAAACCGGCGUUGAAGAAGAGAAAGAUGCUUGGUGAUGUGAAGAUGAUGCUGUUGAGGAUGGACAUGCUGGAAGCGAUGAUCGAUGGUGGAAUGAUGAGUGCAGUAUCUGAAUGGUUGGCUCCAUUACCCGACAAAAGUCUUCCAGCUCUUGAAAUUAGAACAGAACUGCUGAAAAUUUUGCAAGGUUUCGGUCGACUGGAUCAGGGAGUCUUGAAACAGUCUGGACUGGGAAGAGCUGUGAUGUUGUUGUACAAACACCCACGAGAGACAAAAGAGAACAAAGCGAUGGCGGCUCAUAUUAUACGAGAAUGGUCCAGACCAAUAUUUCAGCUAGACACUGACUUCCGUUCUGUUUCUCGUGAAGAACGUGUGCAAAGAGAUUUAGACCAUAUGUCAACUGCUAAAAAAAGGAAAAUGAAUGGAGAGGCUGGACCAUCUGAUCAACAAGCCACUCCAAAAGAACCUGAGAAAACGAUCAACAGAGCUCGUGUUCCAAGACCUUCAACCAAGGAUUAUGUUGUGAGACCAAAGUCGAAUGUGGAAGGGGAGUUUAAGGGUGAGAGGAAAGGAAGAGGAUUUGCUCGUCUUGAUAAAGCUCAACGUGACUUUAUGGAACGAACGAAGAAAAUGAAGGUUAAAAGAGCUGUUGGAGUGUCACUAGAAGGCAGAAAUAUGGCUCUGUGA